AUGCAGGCUUGCAGGCAAUCGGACCUGCAAAAAAAGCUGCACUUAUCGGGCAACAGAGAGCCACGUGAUCCGCUGCAGCGGCACACUCAAGAUGCGAAAGUAGCCCUCAAGCUGGUCAGGUCAAGACAUUUGGUUACGGCAGCAACGAACACCAAAGGCCAGUUCGGGGAACGCUUGAACCGGAAUUUGUUGGAAGAUAAUCAGUGCAAUCGGGCCAAGAUGUCUCUCAUCAUAAGGUUAAGAAGCAAAAUGUAUUGUACGUCUACUGAGAUAAAGGCUCAUUGUGAAUGA